ACCCCACCCCUCAUCUCUCUCUCUUCCCCUUGGCCCUCCCUCCUUCCAUCCGUCAACUAACCUCUCUUCUUCAGUUCUCCUCUUUAACAUAUUUACAGCACCAUAGACAGAAAGAAGAGAGAGAGAGAGAGAGAGAGAGAGAGAGAGAGAGAGAGAGAGAGGAUGAGAGUGAGUGAGAGAUGGUGGGUUUAAGUGUAGUCUUGGAGGGGCGAAAGGGUCAUGAUUUGGAGUUUGUUACCAACAAGACUGCUAGUAGUAGUCCACAACAUCCACUUCAUGUCAACAACACCAGCAAGGCUAUGGUCAUUCACCACACCGGUGUCCUCUCCUCACCUUACCCUAUUUCUCCGAGGAAUACCCUUCUUCCGUCAACUCCGACCUCGAGUACUUAUAGGUCGACCCCAGGAAGAGAACUCGAGUGGUUCUCGCAAGUUCAGCCGCCGCAACCGGCUUUUCUAGACUGCUGUUUCCUCUGCAGGACCAAGCUCCUGCCCGGCAACGACAUUUACAUGUACAAAGGGGACAGGGCGUUUUGCAGCGUGGAGUGCAGGUGCAGGCAGAUUUCCCUGGACGAGCAAGCUGAGAAGAAAAAGAAGAAGAAGAAGAAUGGUUGUCACUCCUAGGACGACAUCUUUUCUCGUCGAGAGUCAAUUUGUUUUUCUAUUAAGGAUAGUUCCAAUUGUAUCGGUGUAUAAUAGGAACAUUGUAAUAUAUAUGGUAGUCAUAGAUUUAGGAUUAAUUAGUUUCCUUUUCAUGUAAAGGCUACGGCCUAUUUACAUAAUUGUUUUACAUCAAUGGAGAUAAGUUGGAUUGAUUCAAACUUCA